AUGACGAGAGGGAGAUCAACAAAGCUGAAACACGCUGUCCACGAUCAGCAAGAUCCCGACUUCCCCCGCCGAUCAAAGCCGACCCUUUCGACACACGCGGCUUUGCUCCACCAAUUACGGGAAAGGGAAACUGCUAUUUUCUCACCAUUGGCUGAAUUUGUGUGGGGCACGAGAAUACAAGCUUUCAUGCCAAGGUCACGCUUGGACCGUCAGACCCCGAUCUGGCCUCCCCGCGCGCCUCUGCCUCCGGAGGUACCUCCGCCGUCGGCUAAAGUGUUAUGGCGACGGAAGUACCGCGCGCCCUCUGCCUCUUCCCCCCUGCUUCGACCUGCCAGAUCUGGCAUGCGCCCUGAGAGCCCUGAACCGCUGGACCAAGCGCAUGGCGAACCAUGGCACCAAGCGCCGUUGCGUCGGAGCAAGAUGCUGCAGUCAGAAGGUCGAUGGUAA